AUGGAGGGUCGCCUGAAAGAGCGAGCCCCGGGACUCCGGGCGGCUGUGGCGGCGGUCGCGUUGCUGCUCUGUCGAUUUCCAGCAUGUUUGGCUACUGCUGCAGCUUGCGAGUUUCCAGCAAUCUUCAACUUCAGAGGCUCGAACUCCGACAAGGGUGGGUUGUCGGCUGUGCUUGGGCAGGUCCCGCCGCCGAAUGGAGAGACGUAUUUCCGCAGGCUUCAUGGAGCCAAUUUCGCUGUGGCCGGAUCGCCAAUCAGACCACAGGCUAUAACCCAGGGCGGAUGUAUUCCAAUCUCAUUAAACGUUCAGCUCGUCGAGUUCUCUGACUUUCUCCUGAGGUCACGACAAAAAGGAGGGGCGUUCACAAGAUUAUUGCCGCAAGAAGAGUAUUUCUCCAGUGCUCUGUACACGUUCGACAUUGGCCAAAACGAUCUCACGUCCGGAUUGAAGCAGAACAUGACCAUCAAUCCGAUAAAGGCGGACAUUCCCGAUGUGACGACUCAGUUCUCAGAUACCAUAAAGGUGCUGGUUUUUGUUGGUGUUCCAUAA